GGGCAGGGGCAGGGUGCGGGGGUCCCAGCCGUGCGCCGAGCGGCGGCCGCACCCCCGGCCCCGGUGCGCACUGAGCCAGGGGCCCGCCCGCCCGAGCGGUUUGGCAUCCCCGAGCUCCCCCCGGGAGCUGCGUCCCGAGUCGUGCGGGUUUGGUUGUGGUUUUGUAUUGAGGAACGUGGGCUUAGGACUCUUCCAGCCCGAAUAAUUUCGGUGGCAACUCGGAAAACCGUAACGGUGUGCUGUCUCUGGGUAAUGACCCCUUGGACCAUCUUGUUCUAUAGAAAGGUUAAAAGCGUGCAACUGAUGCUUUAGGAAAUGGAAGAUGCAUCCGAUGGCUUUGAAGUUGCUACAUCUGAAGGGUCAGGUGCAGAGCAAUCACCUGCAUCCUCACAAGGAAAAGCAGUCGGAGAGGCUGGGGAUCCAGCAGAGAAGCCUCUGCUUCCAGAACCUGCAGGCACUGCACAGUCAGAGGAGGGCUGGGACCAGCAGUCUCCUUCUCAAAAUUCAGUACUACCAGAUAAUAUAGCAAAUGGGACAGAGACAGCAAGCAUGAUUGAGGAUAAUGAAACACUUGGGAAGACUAAUUCUGAUGAAACCGUCCAGUCUGAGAAUCAGGAACGUUUCCCUGGAGAAGUCAUUCAAAAGGAUUACCACAUGCCUGAUGUCAUAACUGUCAGAAUACAAACUGGUUCGAAUUCAUUUCAAGAAGUAGCUGUAAAAGUUGAAAGACCUACCUAUAAUAAACCUUUUCUGGGUGGAUUUAGGAACAUGUCAACAGGAGUGGAAUUUCAUAAUGCAGGAUCACAAACAAAACCCAAAAAACGACCUGACAAAGGAAUUCAGUUAUUUUGUAGAGAAACACAGACGGUUGUGGAAAAAAAUACACAACAACAAACAAGAAAUACAACAUCGACACAGAUGACUAAAAUUGGCCUUUAUGUAUCAAACAUGACUGACAAGCUAAUAACUCCUGGGAAGUAUUUUACAGCGGAGGAAUACCAUAAACGUAGACUUGAAGCAGUAAUAGUAUUACAGAAAUAUUUCCGUCGUUGGCAUGCAGUAAAUUUAGUACAAAAUCUGAAGGAACAAAAGAGGUCAAGGCUGGCAAGGGAGGCACAAGAAGAAUUACAGAAAAAAAGAGAGAAAGAAGAAAAAUUGAGGAGGGAAUAUGAGAAAAAACUGAACCCUAAAACAAAAGAAGACUUUGAGCUACUGUACCAUGACUUGGAAUUGUGGAUGCAGGAGGAGACUGAGCGAAUUAACAGAACUCUUACUGGAGCUAAAAGAAAGGCAGCACUUUGUGCACUUCUGGAAGAAGAGACACAGCUCAUUGCUUGCAUUGGGAUGCACAAACUAAAUGCCAAUGUGGAGAAUCAACAAAAAGCAAUACUGCACUUUCUGGUUAAGUGUGCACAGCCCAGGAGGUGGAAAGCAUUUGAUGGAAAAAUCACUGAAAUGGAUACACAGAACUCACUCCGUGGUAAAGAACUACUUGAAAUCUACCGCAGCAUUAACACAAGGGGCAUCCCAAAAGAUGAGAGAACAUCUGUGCUGUUAACACUCAAAUGGACAGUGAAGGAACAUGAAUGUAAAUUAACACAGGAAAUAGUGGCAUUAAUUGACAGGGAAAUUGAUCUUAUGUCAAGAGAGGUGAAAGAAUGCAACUUGGAAGGACUGAGGAAAAGAAUUUGUACAUUAUUUCUCCAGUACAUCAAAAUUCCAGAGUUUAACCCUCAGGUUGCUGGGUUAAUUAAGGUUCCACAAGAUCCCUUAAAGCUUUAUAAAAAUGUUUACUUCUGUCAUAGCUGCGAAAAGUACUUAGCACCUACUGAGUUUCCCAUUCCUGCGAAUUCCCACACUAUUGGCAGAUGUCGCUCAUGUUACCAGCUUGAUAAUGAGGCUCGGCAACGAGAAGCAUAUUUCAAGUACAGACUUAUACUAGAAAAUCUCAGGAAGUCUGAAGUUGAUUACCAGGAUGAUAGUAAAAUUGUUUUCUUAGUUCAGCUUCCAGAUAUGCAGUACCUGAUUGAGAACAUAUGGAACUGCCAGUCAGCUCUCAGUGCCUGCAGUGACCUGUAUGAUUUGGUUAUGGUCAGGUGGGAUAAGCAGCAUGAGUGGUCUCCAUGGAACACUAUUCUCCUCACUAAAGAAGAGGCAGAUGCACAUCUUAAGCUGUGUAACCUUCAGAAGACUUAUGAAGCUCCAUUUAUUUACAGAAUAGAACAAAAGCAUAUCCGGGCAAAAAACUACUUUGCUCAGAUUCCUGUGAUGUCAUCAUUUUUGCAUAGAAGUAGCAAUCAGUCUAAUGCAAAUUCCUGCAAAAAAAACAUAGUUCUUUGAAGUUAAAGAAGUGAACUAAAUUCCUAGGUUUUAAAGAAAUAUACUUUUUCAUCAAUACCCUAAUUGUAUUACACAGAUCAAAAUAAACUUCUAAGGAUAAAAUAA